CUCCCAUCAGUCAAACAACAACGAACUACUCGUACCUUUCAAUCCAUCACUAUCACCAAUAUCACCCCAUAUACAUACGGCCAUAAAAGGAACACCUCCUACCUCCUCUUACUCAAUCUCAACUCCCGUGCCCAAACGGCAUGCCAGCGCACGAUAUCACAUCCAAACAUGACAGACAUAGACACAGGCACCUCCAAAAUGCAGCUGGUUGACUGGCUCGAUGACCUAUGCGCUCGCUUCAUCAUCAACCUCCCCCACGAAGAACUCCUCUCCGUCGAGCGAAUAUGUUUCCAGAUCGAGGAAGCUCAAUGGUUCUACGAGGACUUCCUCCGUCCCCUCGACCCUUCCUUGCCCUCAAUGAACCUGCGCCGCUUCGCCCUCCUCAUGUUCCAGCACUGCCCGCUGUCCGCCGCAUACCCUCAAUCUCUGCAUGAACAGGCCUACGACAACUUCCUCGCCUACAAGACCCGUGUCCCCGUGAGGGGUGCAAUCAUGCUUAACUCCGACAUGACCCAUGCCGUGCUCGUCAAGGGUUGGAAAAAAGGCGCAAAGUGGAGCUUCCCUCGAGGCAAGAUCAACAAAGAGGAAGCCGACCUCGACUGCGCCGUGCGCGAGGUCUACGAAGAGACUGGCUAUGAGUUGAAGGAAGCUGGCCUCGUGGGGCCCGAAGACCAGAUGAAAAAAAUCGUCGUGUCAAUGCGCGAGCAGGAAAUGAUGCUAUACGUCUUCCGCGGGGUCCCAAUGGAUACCUACUUUGAGCCCCGAACCCGCAAAGAGAUUUCCAAGAUCGACUGGUACAAGCUCACCGAUCUUCCCACUCUUAAGAGGAACAAGCACGCACAGCAAGGAAAUGCGCAGGAAGGCAUCAAGGACAAUCACUUCUACAUGGUCGCCCCCUUCCUCGGUCCCCUCAAGGCUUGGAUCAAGCAGCAACAUCGGCUUGACAAACAAAAGGCGAAGUCUGGCCCCGGCGCACAACAUUUGGCCCCUCCCGUCCCGGCUGCUGCCACAGAUACCGAGCUCGAGGGGGAUCUGGGAGAGACAACGGCGGAUGAAGCGGCCGUUCCCGAAGACAACCUGGCCGGCCUCCUUGCUAAACUGGGCGGUCGCGGUCAUCGAGCGAGCGAUGCGCUGCCAGAGGUUUCCGAUCAGGUUGGAGAGCAAGUCACGGUAGACCCAGCUGCCGAACUCAAACGUCUGCUCAGCGUGGGCGCAGGCUCAGGUCUACUGGUACAAUCGCCGCCCGUGGAGGCUCCCACUCAAUCCAAUCCGCUGCUAGCUAUGCUUCACGGCAAUAGCAAUCCGGUUGCCCAACAGCAGCCUCCCAUGACACCAUUUGAUCAAUUCAUCACGCCCAUUCACCCUCAGAGUCCCCAUGGUCAGCGCCAUCCUCGCCAACCCCACCUUGACCAGAUGGCACCUCCGCCCCCUUAUCCCCUUAACUCCCAUCAAAGCGCGCCUCCAUUCCGUGGUCCCCAACAUGUCCACAUGCCUCAUCAACCUCAUAGAGAGUCUCAGGCGCCCCAGGUGCCCUUCCGCGGCCAAUUCGUGGCGCCGCCUCCUUCCCUCCCGGACAACCCUCCUUACCCGGUCGGAAACCCCAAUGUCCAACAACUUUUCGGCCAACAACCGCCGCGGCCCUAUCAACAGACUGGCGACCCCCAGUUUGCACAUGCGUCUCAGUCCUCGAAUCACCAAGGGCCACGAAUACCGCAGGCCACCGACUUGCCUGCGCCGAAGCUCACAGCACACGCAUUGGGACUACUCAAUUCCUUCAAAAGUCAAGAGAAGCCGCAUCCACCUCCACACCUCCCACCGAGUAUUGUUCAUGAAGCUCCACAAACACAGCAUCAGCCACCAGUUUUGCAUCACCAGGACUCGAUCAGCUCCCCUCCUCAUAUCUUAUCUCACCCUUACGCUCCAAGUCCACCCCCCUUCCAGUCUUCUCCGCCCAGUUCAACCUUCCAGCCCGUGCAGCCUAAGCCGAGGAGUGCACAUCAAGACUCUUUAUUGAACCUCUUUCGGUCGCCAUCCUUGACCGCCGCAACCCCCGAGCCUCCCAAGACGGAUGAAGCGCUUGUCGAAUUGUCCGCCAUGCCCACUACGCCUGGACAUCCUGCAUUGCCUGCGGAGCCUCAGCACAAGGGCCCACCGGCACCUAUCUCGGCCCAUCAGGCAAAUCUUCUCGCUGCGUUCGGACAAAAGCCGAACCACCCAGGAGUUACCACAGCUACCGUUAGCGGGCCGGUGAACGUACCUGACUUUGAGACCAUGAAGAGGAACACACACCUCAAUGACGCAAACGGGCACGGCCAAUCGCGCGGUCCGUCGCCAAAUCAAAGGAAGAGUGCCGAGCAAAGGCAGUUCAUCCCUCAGCAAAUCCUCAAGCGUAACGAUACGGUGGUCUCCCGAGAGAGCCCCUCCGAACUUGGCCCUCCCAGUAAGCAUGCGAGCCCGUCCACUUCGAAUGUCUCGACCCCACAGGCUACAACAUUCAAGCCACACAUACUGCGACGUCCUCAACCAAGUACAUCUCCAGCUCCGCCCAGUAAUCCAAAUUCUAACCCUCUUCUUGCCCUCCUUGGACAGCAUGCAUCGCCUCAACCUGCUCCGGCACAGCUUGCGAAGACGCCUCCCGUGCCAGCCGGACAAUUGGUUAACGAUCGUCGAAAUGUGUUGCCGACGGACCAAAAAAGCGCACUUUUGUCCCUGUUUGGACAACCACCCCGGGUCACAGCGUCGCCAAAGCCAAUAUCAACCAUUCCGGUUCCGCCUUUUGGUGUAUCCAAUCCUCCAUCUAGCAUCACUAGCCUCUCGGCGAAUUCGCCUUUGCCUGGCAGUCCCGGCCCGGCUGGCAAGAGCGCUCAACCUCCCACUCCUAAGAAUCUCAUGUCAGGCGUCAUCAGCCCCGUCAGUCCACUCCCAGGGCAGGGCAGCCAAAUGAACAGCCCGGCGAAUGCCGCAAGCCGAAGCCGAAUCUCCAGCAUCGGCGAGCCAGGGCCUACGAACAUUGUAGUUCCGCCAGCCCAAAGCAAUAAUCAUCUUAUCGAGGAAGGCGGACUCACCAGUUCAGGACCUCCAGGUCUCAGCGACAGACUCGGGGCUAUCAAUUUAGACAAGGGAAAGGUCAGAGCCACCAGCCCUUCCGCCACGGACAAGAGCUUCCUUCUCGGUUUCUUAGAAAACGUGGCGAAGGGCAGCGGGCGGUGAGCGGUGCACUACGAUUAGAUAACUCUUCAGAGUUUUAUGGCGAUUUUUCUUAGGUGGAGUAGUGGCAUAAUUUUGGCCGGAUUCAUUGCUCGGAGUUUUUGCUUAGCUGGGGUCACGUUUAUUCAUUGGAAGCAUUACGGUGGUGAAUGGUAUCUCAUAUUAUUUCAUGAUGGAUUGGGAUUAGGAAUCAGGGAUCAGGGAUGAACGAAUUGGCCACCUAGGAACAGUCUAGGGCAUGGGCAUCUCGUCCCCCGAGCGUUGGCCUGGGGUUGAGGGGGAAUCGUGAACGACUAUUAUUUUGGGAGGAUCCAGGUAGAACCCUAUAAGUCAUGCAUGCUCAUGGAGCCCACGAAAAAAAAAAUAGAAAUACAAACUC